CGGCCCAGAAUAGCGCGGCCCCGCCGUGUGCGCACUUGUUCUCCGCGGGUCGGAGCUGGUGCAUGGAGCCGGAGCUGGAGCUCCAGCUGGAGCGCGUGCUGCGCAGGAACCCAUCCUGGAGCAGCGUGGGGGGACCUGAGCAUCAAGAGAUGGACUUCCUAGAGCAAGGGGAUAGCACCUCAUGGCCAUCCCCAUCCAUGACCACCAGCUCAGAAAGCAUCCAUGGGAAAUGGGGGGCCAAGGCCUCGGGAUGGACAAGGCAGGAGUCUGUGGAGGAAGGGGAGCCACCACGCCUGGGGGAAGGUCCCCCUUCCAGGCCAGCUGCUGAGUCCACCAGGUCAGAUGCCACAUUCCCCAAGGCCACACCCUUGGCCCAAGCUCCUCCGUUGGCAGCAACAGGCACCCCACAAACAGGGGGGGACUUCCUCCCCACUGACUGUGCAGCUUUGGCUGCAGCUUCCAGCACAGAUGAUCUGGAUCUGGGCCUAGAGAUUCCAGCUCCAGCUGCUUGGCGGCAUGAGCUCGAAGGCCUGGAGGAAGAGAGGCCUGCCCCAUGCCCAUCCCCGCAGGCCCUGUUGCCCAGGCUGGGCUGGGACGAUGAACUGCAGAAGCCGGGGGCCCAGGUCUACAUGCACUUCAUGCAGGAGCAUACCUGCUACGAUGCCAUGGCGACGAGCUCCAAGCUGGUCAUCUUCGACACCACGCUGCAGAUCAAGAAGGCCUUCUUUGCCCUGGUGGCCAAUGGCUUGCGGGCGGCGCCUCUGUGGGACAGCAAGAAGCAGAGCUUUGUGGGGAUGCUGACCAUCACGGACUUCAUCCUGGUGCUGCAUCGCUAUUAUAGGUCACCCCUGGUCCAGAUCUAUGAGAUUGAAGAACAUAAGAUUGAGACUUGGAGGGAGAUCUACCUUCAAAGCUGCUUCAAGCCUCUGGUCUCCAUCUCUCCCAGUGACAGCCUGUUUGAAGCAGUGUACGCCCUCAUCAAGAACCGGAUUCAUCGCCUGCCCGUCCUGGACCCAGUCUCAGGCACCGUGCUCCAUAUCCUCACGCACAAGCGGCUGCUCAAGUUCCUGCACAUCUUUGGUGCCCUGCUGCCCCAGCCCUCCUUCCUCUCCCGCACCAUCCAAGAUUUGGGCAUCGGCACGUUCCGAGACUUGGCCGUGGUGCUGGAAACAGCCCCCAUCCUGACCGCUCUGGACAUCUUUGUGGACCGUCGUGUGUCUGCACUGCCUGUGCUCAACGAAUCUGGUCAGGUCGUGGGCCUCUACUCCCGCUUCGAUGUGAUCCACCUGGCUGCCCAGAAAACCUACAACCACCUAGACAUGAGUGUGGGAGAAGCACUGAAGCAGAGGACAGUGUGUCUGGAGGGGGUCCUUUCCUGCCAGCCCCACGAGCACUUGGGGGAAGUCAUCGACAGGAUUGCUCGGGAGCAGGUACACCGGCUGGUGCUCGUGGACGAGAGCCAGCAUCUCCUGGGCGUGAUCUCCCUCUCUGACAUCCUUCAGGCCCUGGUGCUCAGUCCUGCUGGCAUCGAUGCCCUCAGUGCCUGAGAAUAUCCAAGUCCUCACUUCCAGGCCACCUUCUAUACCCAGAAAGCUGAUGAAGGGAGCCAGGGGACUCAGCCUUCAUCCUACCCCAUGCCCUAUGGCUGAUUCAGCUCCGGUUCAGGCUUCUCCAGCCCUCCCCAAUUGCCCUUGUCCUGGCUAUGCUCCGAGAAGCCCUGGGGAAUGCCCAGUGCAUCAUGGGACAGUGAGUCAAGACUGGAGAUCCUUGAACCAGGGCCACUGGGAUUAUCCCAGGGUCAGCUGUGCUCCAUGCCCACCCACAGCCCUUUCCCUCCAGCUGGGUCAUCACUGGCCCCCAUGAGGCAGUGAGCCUUCAGCCUACAGCUUUAUUCAGGGGAUCUUGGCUCCUUGGCUUCUGGUCUACUGCUCACAUCCCCAGCUUCUGGGAGUUCCAGCUGCUUUCCCGAGGGCUCUAACCUUCCUUGUUCCUCACAACCGUUCCCACUCCCCUCCUCCUCUCCUGGCAUUGUCAUUGCAAGACUGCUGGAGGUCAUCAUGGAGCUUCUGAGCCACUUCUUUGUACAGCUGGCUGUUGGAGUGGGGUCCCUCCUCCAUUCUUGUCCAGACAACUCCUUAGCUCUCACCAGCAAAGUGUUCUCAACACCAGUGAUGACCUUUUAUUCAGAUCACCAAGAAUGAACAAUCAAAAAACUCAUAAACCAAAAAAAAUCUACUAACUUGGAUUUUUGAGGUUUCACUCAGAAAAUGCUACAGUCAUUUGACUGUACUUGUGGCAAGCUCCUUGUGCUUUCUGAAUUCAAAGACAGGAAAGAAGAUUUGUGAUUGACAAACGCCCCAAGUGGCAACAGUUUCUUUUGCACAUAGUGUUACUCUACCCAAAUUCGUUGUUCAUCUUUCAUUUAUAACAAAACCAUGAAGAAAAUAGCAAUGAUAGUUACUCAUAUAGUAGGUACUCAUAUAGUAGGUACUCAUAUAGUUGUACCUAUGUUAAUUUGCAAGAAACAUAGUUUUCUUUAUGUUUCAAAAAGUGAAUGUAAUUUCUAUCACAAACCCCAUUUCACCAGGUGGUAGAAAUUAAUCUCAGUCAGUUUGGGGUUCCCCCAACCUUUUCCUGGGGCUAAGUGUGGGGUGAGGGAGACUUUAAGUAGUGAAAGACUUUGUUCCUCAGUCAUCUUUAUCCAUCCAUGCUGGCACCUGCUAAGACAUCCUCAUUCCCAUCUGGGUCAGGGGGCUGGUGACUGGUGCGUGUGGUUGCUGCUGGGUGCUCCCUCACUCCCUACCAUGAAGCAUUUUCAGGCUAAUCUGCUCUUGGGGCAUGUAGGACAUUGGAGCUCCUGGGCCUGUACCCUCUGGGUUUCCAGAAGCUCAGCGAGGCUGCUCAAGCCCAGCCACUGAGAUGUACAGCAAGUGGCCUCCUUUACUCUAGGAUCCUGCUGUUUCCCCAGGCUCUUCCCAGGAGACUUGGGCUCAGAGCCCCUCUGCCAUCAUAACCGUCACACCUACCUGGGCUAUCUGUCAUGCUCAGCCCACUUCUCAGGACCCUUUUCUCAAGAACCCCAGCAAUGUCUAUACUUCCUUUCCUUCCCACAAGUCUGGGGGAUCUUUACCCAGUAGAGAUCUGGACAACUGUAAUUUUUUUUCUGUAAAAUGUAGACCCUUAGAAGUAAUAACACAUGAUGAGAAUGAGAGCCUGCUAAGAAGUAACGAUGCCUCAUUCUCAUAAUUUGGUAAAAUCAUUUGUCGAGUUAUUGAGUCUACAUAGUUUUUCCCAUGACUAAGAGCCCUGGCUAAGAGCAGUGACACAAUAGAGAAGAUGUAUGAUUUGUUAGCAUUCUCACCAGUCUUCUCCCAAACAUCCUUAAAUACAGAAGAGUUUAAUACAAUAUAAUGUCAUGGAUAUCUAUUUCAUGAUAAUUGCUAAAGUUUUAAUUAGACAUACAUUUUAAAACUGGAAACAUAAAUAAUGACAUGGAAAUAAACUCCUAUUACCAAGCCAAAAUACAUUAAAAACUAAAAUUUUAUAGAACAUGAGUGUGUAAGCAGCUAGGAAACAUUAGGUACCCUGUCUAGUUUUAUUCACCAGAGUGCUGCCUGAUUUUUUAAGAACACAGCUGUUUUCUUAAAGUCUUAGCCAAAAAUAUAGAUCCUGAUUGGGCCACAAAAUUCAAAUGAGCUAGAAUUAGAGUAAAAAGAAGAAAAAUCUGCUUUGCUAUGUGAACAGUUUUUAUAGUCAAAGGUAUGUCUACUGUGCUAAAUCAAUGUCUACUGUGCAAUUAUCCUAAAUCCUUUAUUGUUCAACCCUCUUUGUAGAGGCAGAUCAGGAAGGGGGAACCUCACUGUGACAUCCCUUCACCGUGACUUUUCAGGGCAUCCCAGAUUCCGUGAGACUCUUGGAACCUGGAAAUUGCCCCAACCCUGGCCACCAGCUACAGAAUUUGUGCCAACCCUCAAAGAAGUGCUGGUGCUUUCUGUCUUCUAGAAAAAGGUUUGCAAGGGAAGGAACCUAUGCUAUUAUAUCACACCCAUCUUACAGCUAUUAUAUGUGUCUGAAUGAAUCACUGUCAAAGAAAGUUAUUUCUUCAUUUAUAUUGUCAGUCUUUUCCCAGCAUUGUGAUGGAAUAUGAGCAUGGAGGCCAAUUUCAGUUCCCCAAAUUACCAAAUAAAUUCAUGCACAUGUAGUUUUCUGUAAGUAUAUUAUAUUUCAAUAAAAAACUUUUUUAAAAAAAACUGAAACAAAAACGAACAUAGGGCCCUGAGUUUAAAGAGAUCACCUCUCCAGCUGUGCUGGCAGUUGCUGUUUGUUGUUCUCUCUUUGGGGUGGGAGUCUUUGCUUUGCUUGUUUUCAGGGCUGUAUCUGUGAGCUUUCAGGAGCCUCUGGAGGUGAGGUUUCAUAUUUGCGUUACUCUUUCAGCCCUUAUACCUUGUUCUCUGUCACUGAUGGCAAAAUUUUUCGGGGAAGAGUUAGGAUCUAAGAUGGCAGCAUAGAGAGGUGUGGAAGCUAGUUUGUUCCCCUGGAACAACUAAUAAACAACCAGGAACAACUAGUAAAUAAUCUGGAAUAACUGCAGGGGGAAA